GUUAGCGAUACAUCUAUGACAUCAAGUUAAUACUCAUAACCGAUUAGUACUUCGUCCAUAGGUUGUGUAGUCCCUAGGAAGCGUAUAGCGUUUUACACCGGCGUGACAUAGUAAAUAGUUCCACGAAACAACCACACCCAAAUCGUCUGUGGUUUUUUGCUUUUACUGAAAGGCGUAUUUGAGCCUUCUUGUGUUUACUGUCAUUUAUUCGCUAUGGUGGCGGCUUUAAUUUAUAGCUUCUGUAACAAUCAUAUUCAUACUAUACAAGCGGUAGUUUACUCCUAAAUUCCUAUAUGCUCCAUAAUUUAAUACGUUUUAAAAACGUUCAUGCCCGUAUACCAUGAAAAACUAGAAAGAACAGAUGCCGGCGGAAAGCCUUACUUGUUUUACUAGAAUGCUGUGUGAAAAAUAUUUAAUUUUUCAUUGUUUAUUUUUACUCGGUGGUGUAGGCAACUAUUUAUAUCAAAAAGUGGGCUUAAAAGAAGCGAUUAACGUAGCACCCAUUGAUAACUUUUUGCUAAUGAGUGAAUGUUUUAAAAUUUUCUAGAUCCUAUUUUUUUGUAGUAUUUCUAUGAGAUGGUUUGAACAGCAUUAUAUAGCAGAGCUAAAGAGGUUUGGGUUUGAAACAACAGUAGCGGUUUUGCAGCCGAAAGUCACUCGUCAAACGAAAUAUGUGUCCGGUUGACGCGAUUAAUAUUGAUAUUUUGCGUUGCAAUAUUUACGGUGGAGGCGAGCUAGAGUCAAAAGACCGCCCGUGGAUUACUGUAAUACAUCGCGUCUGGUGUACUAGUGUAGAAUUCUGUUUUGUGGCUAGGGACCUUGAGAGAUUUAACGGACAAUUAUUUUAGCAAAAUUAUGCAGAUAUAUUUGUUCGGUAUGAUAAUCUAUCAUAAUUUCUUAACUAAUCAUAACUAACUUCUAUAACUAAUGAAUGACAGGUGAAAAUUGGUCAGGCGUUGAUUUAAGCAAAAUUAUAAUUUCACAGGCUUAUGCCGCCCAAAAACGUCAAAGGUAUGCCACCAUAAAAAACUUAUUCUAGAAAAAGUUUUUUACGAUGGUGUCCCUUUCCUUUUCUAGAUUAAGUUUAUUUUACUGUGAGUCGUAAUCCUAACGAACUCAUAGUUGCAGCUUCUCGUUUAUAUCGAAUUUCGAAGAAAGACCCAUGGCGUCACGUAGUUUUUAGCUAUCCUAAGGUGCUUAUCUGUCUUCAUCCGCAUCUAAGACAAAUUACAAUGGCUUUCAAGCACAGUAAAUCUUAGUUUUUUUUUUUUUUUUUUAGGGAAACUCAUUUUAAAUGAAAAAAAUGAAGAUUUCAUCUGAACGACUCCUUCAGAUAACAUGCAUGAAAGUAGACGGCGUUGCAAUAAGUCAAAGGGGUAAUGGUUUUAAAGGGAAACCGAUGUAACUAAGGGAACGUGAGUUAUAUUGAAAGAAUUGCCUUUGAUACGGUUUCGAAAUGAUGCCAAAUGAUGAAAUUGGGACUUUCUAUCUAUUCGCUCAUUGGAACGUAGCGUAUCAUCAUGAUAUUAUUUCAAAUCGUCUACAGCUUGAAUAAACAUGAAAUCUAUUUCAGACAUGGACUGUGCACUUAAUACUUGGUAGAUAUUUAUAACAGAUGCGAUUACGUGGCGUCUAGAGUUGCUAAAAACAUACGUAUACCCCAAUUCAGGCAUAAAUUGAGAAACCGAUAAUGUAGAGGUUCAGCAAAGUGAUUUCGGUAGUAUACAUAUAGUGGUGAAUGGAUUUUAUUUUUUCAUUCGCUUACAUCAGCUGAAUAUGUGCGGACAUGUAGAAAUCGUUCACGAUUCUAACAACUAGGCAACAAAUAACAAUUAUUUUUAUCAAGCUGCUUCCUGUACUGCUAAAAAAACAAUAUCUUUUCUUCAAAAGGGUCACAGAAAUGUGGCGCUAUCGACAUCUCGGGUCAGGUUUUUUAACAAAGGUUCUUAUGAUUGAUACGUUUGACCAUCUUGAACAGUUCGUUUUCUAUUUUGGCCAUCUAUCCCAGGGCCAUUAAAAUAUGUGUAUCAUGGCUCUACAGACGCAGGAUGGUCUGACCUGCUAGCCAGAAUCAUCGAGUCUCUUUCAGAUUUACUACUUAUUCGAGCGAAGCAAUAGCUAUCGCCGUGGCGAGGACACUUCGCCACUUUGCGUUUUGUUCAUUUAUUUUAUCUUUAUAAUAAAUAGACUACACAAUGUUGUCACUAUACUAUAUGAAUCAUUCUUUGCAUGAUUGUGCUGUCCGAGACGUUGGAAACAACGAUUACUUUCUUUGAAACGCAUUCGAGAUGAGGCCCACCUGUUUCGAACAUUUAUUUCCAGUUGCUUUGCUAAUGGUUGUGUUUGCUGACGCCCGGAUACCGCGUCUCGCACGUCCACCGGUUUAUGGAUCAAUGCUUUCAAAGCGUCAAUUAUCCCCUCGAUAUCGGGCGGUCCGUUCUGAGAUUGUCGAUCAGCAUAAUUUUUAUCGUUCUACCGUUAACCCACCGGCGGAAAAUAUGGAGGAGAUGAAGAUCAUUCAAAGCUUAGGCCAUUACACAAACCACGCUCCAAAUAAAUGUUUACUACCAACAAGCGUUCAACCGCGAGUGUCGCUUGUGACUGGGUUAUUAUUACAGAGGUGGUACCCGUGGGCAGCUAAAACGGCCCAGAAGUGGGCGAAUAAGUGCCUAAUGCUUGCUCACGCGAGCCUCGAAGGUUUGAAUGAUCCAGUGAUGGGACAAUGUGGUCAGAACAUUUUCGUUGUGUCAACCCAAGUGCCGUGGUCUUUCGCGAUUCGCGUGUGGGAUAUCGAGAAGCAUAAUUUUUCUUAUGGGGGAAUCCGCAACAACAGCAUUGGAUUAAAUGGCCAUUACACACAGCUAGUUUGGGCGAGUUCGAAUAAGGUCGGCUGCGGUUACUCCCCGUGUCAAAUGAAAUUUCAAAAUACUACGAGGGUGUUCCACAACUAUGUUUGCAACUAUUGUCCCAUUGGAAACCAUCCGCUGACACGUGAUUACCCAUACAAGUCUGGAGCCCCCUGUGCCAGUUGUCCCUCGAGUUGUCGUGGAGGUCGUCUAUGCUCAGCAACAGGCCACUAAGGACUGGACACACGAUCAAAAAUUAAUAUACUAUAUAAUCUUUUACAGCCACGUUAAAGAAACACUCACAUACGUUUUGCAUACGAAAUUGCCUCAGUUAUUUUCUAGGUCAUUUCAAAGCGCAUGAGACAUAAACCCCCUAAAGCUUUUGAAAGAUACGUUCAUGUGAGGAAAACCAUCUCUUGCAUUAAAUCUCGGAAACGGUUAUUUCAAGACAUCUUUUACCGAUGGCUAGCAAAAAGUUUGGUUAUGAACAGUUCUUGCAUCAAAAAAAAUUUAAUUUUUACUAGGAAAACAAAAAAACAGUCAGAGUCUUAAAAUGUAGAUGCACCUUUUUAAACAGACAUUUUAAUAUCAUGGAAAAUUGAAAAUAUUGUUGCAGCAUCUAAUACAUUAGGAAAGCAUACGUUACACAGUAUCGGCUACAAAAUGAAGUCAUUACAAUAUUAAUUUAUGUGUGCAUAAUUGAAGAUAGCCGAACUUGCCAGUUAUACAAAUCAAACAAGACGCGUUCUCUUUAUUAAGGGAUAACGUAUAAAUCCUGUAGGCGUACACCAGAUCAUACCUGGACGUUUGCCCCGUAAUGUGAACCUUUCACCAGCGCUUUCCAACUGUAUUAGUACCCAAUGAAUUCAUACCAUUAAAUGUUUCUGUCUCUGUUUGAAUGCUACGCUUACGAAAAACGUUUACAUAGUGUAAUCUAUUUUUGCUCGAAAAAUAAAUUGGAAAGUUUUAUUUUUUGCUUGUACGUUUCUACACGUAUCGCACUUGCUAUGGAACUAGCAUGUGAAUAAGUUGGCCUGAGCGAAUCUAUAUAGUAGAGAAUCUAUUUCAAAGAUCGCCAACAUUUUUUAUGGUUUUCUUUAUUGACCAUGAUUUGUUUCUAAAAUGGGUUAGAAAGAAAAUGAAAAAUCUGAAAUAAGCAGUUUUUUUAGAACAUUAUCUACAAAUAUUCGCUUAGUGAUUAUUGUUGACCUAUCACUGUUUCCAGAUGUUCCAGACAAGGAUCGUUUCGUUUCGCCCGUUGCAGUCUCGAAGUAGGUAAUAAUGAAUUUUAUCUUCAAUAUAGAUCAUCUAAAAUAGAUGCGUUAGCCCGUCAAAUGGUGCAUACGAGCAUUGGUAUCCGAGACCUUCUCUUCGAAUUUUAAUUUUCGAAGCUAUGGUGACCUUAGACGAGGCUGUACUAAUAGCAUUAUAAGCUUAUACGAAAUGAAGCCGCGUCCACCGCCUUGUCGAUUAUAAUAAUUCCCACUUAAACUGCACGCGAUACUUUUUAUCGAUACUACCACCAUUAUGUAGUCCAUGGCAAAUAUUGUCAAAUGUCCUUGGCCUUACUGAAACCGAGGAAAGAUCUAAUGAAGUAAUAUCGAGACUAUGGGCUCUACUUAGUUCAGUACUUGAUAUGAGCCCAACUUAUUAAAAGAAUGUGCGAACAAAGUAUAAAUAGGUACUUUUUCGCACCACUAAACCAGGUUAACUACUGAAUGUUACUAACAAGUUUACUUUUACCAGAUGCAUAGUCAGCAAAAACAAUGCGCAUUCUCUAUAAUGUAUACCUUGCAACAAUCUUCCGUCGUAUUAGACUCUAUUAUGAAACAGUGGGUUAAACUUACUGAGGCUUUGGCCUUAUAACAACGUUUUAUAGAUGCGUACGGACUCGGGUUUAGCUCAGUUUGGCCAACUGAGUAACUCGGGCUAUGUGAUCAAAGAUAAUACGUUGGAACUAUGAUUAAUGGAAGUGAGAAAAGAAAGUGGCUGUCUUACUUAUUUUCGUUCGUUUCGAACAAACGUGUACAUGUCAAACUUUUGCCGCUAUUCUUAAUACAUAUUUUCAGGAAUGGAAAAAAUAUGAAGCUCUCAAGGUUGUUUGCUCAUAUAGGAAAUCGAAGAUUCUAUAACCAUAUAAACAGCGCCACCAAAGAUUAUGCUUUUACGUUUAGUUCAAACCUUUUAUGAACCACUUGUUGUGACUUUGUUGUUGGCAUAGAACAGGAAGUUUUCAUUGCAGUCGUUUGUUUGGUUGCGAGUGUUGAAUAGUCAUUAAAAUUCCAGCAUAGUAAGUUGGUUAAUAGUAUAUCAUUGUUAUAAAAGCGACAGUUUUGUUUAGCAGUUGCAUGAAGGACAAGGUCUUAUUUAUUCGAACGCCCUUCUCGUAAGGUAUGCAUAGGCGGACAAUGGAAGACAUCGCAAGAACAGGACAUCCGCUGGCUGCUGCCGUCAUCAAAACGUCACUGGAAUAGCCCGCUGAUAUUUAAUGUGUAGACUCCAGAUUACAGUAUGAUCCGCGAAUUAAUUCAAGUAUCGAACUUGCAUAAAACACUAUCAAUAUUUGUAAAAUCCAGGGCUUCUUUCAUUAAGAAAAAAACAGUACACCUUAUACACAAGAGAGUAGUUCUUAUAAACUUAUGGCUGACGACGAUGCUUAUUACAUUAAGCUGCUACACUAUUAGGAUAUUUCCAAAUAACAUUAAUCUAGCUAAGCAGGCCGACAUACAACGUAUCUAACCUGCAUGACUUCAAUAAAGUUGAGCUUAUUGCUCAAGUCGUCUUCGCAAAAUUUCGUAGGAUGAGGCGCAGAUGUAGUUCUACUCCGAAUCUACUACCGCCGAACGCUUUCGUGGAAACCAAUUGUCUUUCCUUGAACAAUGAUCUUCACUGAUAGUUAGGGAAAGCAUGCCGUAAUUGUAUUGUACUUCGGUUGGUAGCAUGCUUCUGACAGAGGAUUGGUACAUCGUUAAGGUACAGAUUGCACUUUACAGAUCAGAAGGCGUUUGUAGUUACAAUCGGCGACCUUUUCUCUGCCUGAGUCACUUAUCAGCUUGAAGGUUCUCAGGAUUUACGCCCAAAUUUUCUCAUGUAUGCGGUCUUUGAACAAGGCUAACGUCACUUUUUUUCCAUAGGCUGCUGAUCCAAGUAAUAUAUCGUACUGCCAAGAGCAGUCCUUGCAAUUGUGCACUUUAGAACGGUUAUUUGCGUUUAACU